AAGAACAGCUGGAUUUAGUGGUGUUCAGCCUGAUGUAAGCUGUCAUAUAAAUUGGUCAGACACACAAAUAAAUUAUUCUAACAUGCAUUGGUUGAUGCCUGGUGCCCAGCUUCAUAUUCGGUUGUCUCUACUCGUUAUGAUUCAUGCAGAGUACAAGCUUUCUUGUUUACAAAUGGCGACCAAAGAAGAAGAUCUGGCUCUUUCUGAUUUUACUCCGCUUGAUUUUGAAGGUGGACACGAAACAUCAUACAUAUUUGUGCGCAGUUUAGGCUCAGGGGCUUUUGCAGAAGCGAAUCUGUAUAGGAAAAUUGAAGACAAUAGUCUGGUGGUAUGGAAGGAGAUCAACAUGGCGAGACUGGGGGACAAGGAGAAGAGAGAUGCUGUGAACGAGAUUGACAUUCUAUCCUUACUCAACCAUGCUAACAUUAUAACAUACUAUAACCAUUUCCUUGAUGGGGAAACACUUCUCAUUGAACUAGAGUAUGCAAAUGGUGGAUCCUUGGCUCAGAAAAUUGAUAAACAGAAUGAACUAUUUGAAGAAGAGGUAGUGAAGUGGUACCUGUUUCAGUUGGCCUCAGCAUUAGCUCACUGUCAUGAACAUGGUAUCAUACACAGAGAUGUAAAGUGUUUAAAUAUAUUCAUGACAAAGACGGACCUUCUGAAGUUAGGAGACUUUGGCAUUUCAAAAGUUCUUGAAUCAACCUCGGAAAUGGCAGAAACUGUAGCUGGUACACCUUUAUACAUGUCACCUGAAAUUAUGCAGGGAGCAAAGUAUGAUUACAAAACAGACAUGUGGGCCCUUGGAUGUGUUUUGUAUGAACUUUUGACGUUGACAAGAACUUUUCAAGGCACGAAUCAUCUUAGACUGGCGUAUGAGAUUGUGUGUGGUCAGCAUGGAAGUGUGGACAGUAGGUACUCAAAGGGUAUACGAGACUUGGUCGAUUCAUUACUUCAAAAGGACCCAGCUGACAGACCAACAGCUCAAGCAGUUAUAGAUAGUGAUGUUUUAAAUAACAGAAGUAUUAUAGAAAAGCGUGUGUAUGAACUAAAUACGGGAGCAAGACGAGCUAGGAUCCAGACAUCAGUUUCUGUCACAGAACAAACAGUGGUACCAGUUGUUAAAUCAAAGGUCACAGAGGUAUUUCAGUGGGGUGGAGGAAAGAUUGUUCCACAGAAGCAGGAUAUAUUUGUGAAGGGGCGGAGCCCAGCUCAGGUAUCUGCGGGACACAGUCAUUUUGCUGUGGUCACCAUGGAGAAGGAAGUGUACACAUGGGCGAAUUUACAAGGUGGUGAUAAGAUUGUAGGACAGUUGGGGCAUGGUAACACAGCAGCUUAUAAAACACCAAAGAAGGUAGAAGCAUUUGAGGGUGUGGGGAUUAUACAAGCUGAUUGUGGGGAGGAUUUUACCAUCUGUGUCUCAGAUGAAGGACAAGUGUACAGCUUUGGCUCAGAUUUCUAUGGUUGCCUUGGUUGUGAAAAUGAAGAAGGAGAUGAAGUUACUUCCCCUGUCUGCAUUAACUUAUUCGGGAGCUGUCCGGUACAGGAAGUGUCAUGUGGAGAUAAUCAUGUUGUGGCACUCACUAAAGAUGGAGAUGUUUAUACAUGGGGAUGUGGGGAAUUUGGCAGACUAGGACUAGGGUCUGAAGAUGACUUUGCCAGCCCUCAGAAGGUGGAUUUUAAAAAGCGGCACCUUAUCAAGCAUGUGUUUGCUGGAGCAGAUGGCACGAUGUUGCUAACAACAACUGGUAGAGUCCUUGCAUCUGGUAGUAAUGAGCAUAAUAAACUUGGCUUCAACUCAGAAACUUCUGGGCUGAAAAAACAUAAACCAAAGGUUUAUGACAUCCCAUGUAAAGUUAACUUCACACUUGUACGACCUUUGAUGAGACUGAAUGUUGUUUCCAUAGCAACAGGGGCAAGUCACUCUGCAGUUAUUGAUGUAUGUUGUCACUUAUACACAUUUGGUUGUAACAAGUUUGGUCAACUUGGUGUUGGUGACUUCAAGAAUCAUUCUGGGAUAUGUCGUGUGCCGGGAGUGCUUGUGAAUCACAGGGUCGAGAAAGUUACAUGUGGUGAUGGCUUUACUGUAGCUUCGACUAGUGACAACUAUGUAUAUGCAUGGGGUAAUGGAGAGAAUGGGAGACUAGGAACAGGACAGAUGGACCUUGGUAAAGGACCAAACAACAAGUCUGUAUCUAUACCCAGACCUAUCUUUGGAGCCCUACAUAUAGUACCUCAUCUCUCAGCCAGACAUUGGCAUACUAUACUUAUAGCAGAGAAAGUUUUAAACCAGAAAACACUCAGAUCACGUGGAUCUAUGCCAAAGAACAAGAAGGUAGGAAUUAAAGAACCUGGAAAAAAGAAAGUCUGUCUGUCUAACAUUGAGGGCAGUCAGAAUGAUUCCACAACACCACAUGACAGUGGAUUUUCAAAUGAUGAACAAACUGAGAACCAGACUGAUGAUGAUGUCACUUCCUCUGUACUGAGUGGGGAUUCUGGGAAACCAGUCUCCCCAGACAGCUCCAGGCCUUUCUCAUUGGUUCCUAAAACCGCUUCACCUGGAGUGAUAGAUGAAAUGACAGAGGAAAGUCUUCCACCAUGGCUAGAGGCUGAACUUGAAGAUGAUGUUAUACCUGUCCCGGCCGGUUUUGUGAUACAAUCUCCUGGUGUUGGCCCCAAUCCAGCACCUAAUGUGACUCCGAAUGGUUUCCAAUGGCAACCAACUCCUCUACCACAAAUUGACAUUCCACCAUGUAGCCCAGCAACAGAUAUACUACCACAAGUUGCUCAAAGUGGCUCAAGCUCCGGGAACUUUGUCCCUAGCAACUGUUACCAACUGUCAACAGAACAGGGUGCUGGCUUACCUCUUCAGGUAAACGACAAUAAAGACAAAAUCAUUGCAGAGUUACAGCAGAGAGUUACGGAACUUGAACUGGAAAAUAAAAAGAUUAGAGAACAUUAUGAAGAUGUAGUGAAAUCUCUAAAAAUUGAGGUGGAUCAGCUCAGACAAGAAGCUACAAAGGUAAACAAUGAUGUGUCCUGAUAGCAGUGCAUGUGUUACAAAACCAAGCUGAUGACACCAUGGAAACAAAUUUAAUUUAUGUGCAAUGAUGAGAAAAAGUCAGACAGAUGCCAAAGACUUUAUUUUUUACAUUUGACACUAAUGUCUAACAUACCUUUCAAAACCAUGUAUACAAUGGAAGACCAGAGGGAAGAUUGGAACUGUGUCUCCUCCAUGCUACCAUUUCCGUAUUCCAGUGUCUUAAGACAUUCUAUAUUGCUGGGAAUUUCCGGUAUUUUCUUGCUAUAUCUUAAAAACUAUUAUGUUAUCAGAGUGAGAGAAUUGCAAAAGUGAUUGCAAGGUCUCCCAAUUUCAUUCAAAUGGUGGCACUUAGCUUCUUUUAGGGGCCACUGGUUUAUACUAAACCCCGAGUUGUUUCUUCAUGAUUAAGUGUGUCAUACCUAUAUUCAUGGUUAAACAGUCCAAGUCAGACUUAAGGCCACCAUUGUCCUCUUAUUAAAUAUUUUGUUAUGAAGAUAAAAUUAUUUAUUUCUUGUUAUUUCCUAUAUUUAGUAAUUGUUAUAUUUUUUGUAGAUUUGAAAAUUUACAAAGUAGAAAGAUUGUUGAUCCAUUCCCUUAUUUUAUUACCACCCUGUAUGGCUUGGUUAGUAAAAGUUCAUGUACAACACUAAAAGAAGUGAUUUUUUGACCAUGUAAUUUGCAUAGUCUAUUUGGCUUCCUUACCUGUUUUUUAACGUAAAAUCCAGUUAAAUCUUUACAAUAUAUGAGCCGUGCCAUGAGAAAACCAACAUAGUGGGUAUGCGACCAGCAUGGAUCCAGACCAGCCUGCGCAUCCGCGCAGUCUGGUCAGGCUCCAUGCUGUUCGCUUUUAAAGCCUAUUGGAAUUGGAGAAACUAUUAGCGAACAGCAUGGAUCCUGACCAGACUGCGCGGAUGCGCAGGCUGGUCUGGAUCCAUGCUGGUCGCAUACCCACUAUGUUGGUUUUCCCAUGGCACGGCUCAUAUUAUGAUUAAUAGUGUAUGCAUUUUAUCAAUUUUAUUUAACAAGGAUAAUAAAUUCAGUGUGAAAAGGCACAAAUACAGUAUUCUUUUUAUAUAAGUAUAGCUUUUCCUGCUGAAACAUCAAAAUUUCUUGUUUCUUUACAUAUUAUAGACCCAAGUAAAUUCGAACAACAUCUAUACCUAAAACAAUGUCAAUAUCAAAACUUUAUUACACUUGCAUUAUAUAAAUACCCAAAUUAUGUAAUGGCUUUAUUUCACUGUCAGGAUGUCAGACUUGUGAAGUUUAUUUUAUUACUGAUUAUUGAUUGCUGAUUGAUAUAUUGUGUUAUUGCCAAUUGAUAACAGUUUUGUUCUGAUUGAAUUAAGAAAUAAUUUAUAUCAAAACUGUGUUUUAACACGAUUUAUACAUGAUGGGCGAUUAUACAUUCAGCGUAAUAAUUACACAAGUGUGCAGCCCAAGUGAAAUUAUUUCUUACCAUGUAUAACUGCUUCUGUGUAUAGUGUUCAAACAUGUUUUGUUAUAAAAUAUUUUGAUUCUAAUAUAUCUCUUAUUGUAAAAUUUCAAUAUGAUAGAACUGUUUAUUUGCGCAUGUAUGGUGCCACUUGGUAGGUCCUCAUGCUCCUUUGUUUAUUCAUGUCAGGACCGGAAAUGGUAAUACGUCUUGAGAAAUAGUUCCAUUAGAGCGCAAAUGGUGGCAAUUUAUUCUGCACCACUAAUAACCGACUCAGUGUGUAGAUUAAUUAAGAUAGUUAUGCAAUGUGAAAUUUUGUUUUAAACACGUUUUUAAAUGAAAUAUUUGAUCAAAUUUGAAAGCGUUGUUUCUCGAUGUGCAUCGUACAUGGCGCUAAAUAUCAUGUUGAUGUGACAUGAACAUGAUAUCGUUGCGAUGAUUAAAGCAGCAUGCCUCCAGAUUUGGUUAAAAAAUAAUCUGUCUUUCAAAUUAAAGUUUGGUCAUGUUAUGAACAUUAGAAUAUGAAUUUUUGUUUCUAAAAUAUUUUAAAAAAUCCAAAUCAAGAAAAAAAAGUGACCGCGUUGGAAAUCGAAGCCCAGACCGCCACGGCAAUAAAGACAUUUUCCCGUCAUCGUAACCAAUAGUGCUAUAGCUGAAUAGUGAAUAAUGACUUCAAAACAUAGAUAUUUAUAAUCGAGACAGUUUACCUGGAGUAAAAGCGUGACAAACGCUUUUCGAUUUUCAUUGUAAAAAGUAGUAAAAACAGCAAAUUCUCAUGUGUUUCCGUAACAUAAAGUUUGUCAGUAAUUAAGUUUUAAAGCCUUCUGAAGAAAUAUAGCAUUUAUUUCAAGGUAUCUAAAAAAAAUUUAUUUUUUGUUGUUGUCAAACGAUCUGGAGGCAUGCCGCUUUAAAGCAUUGUUAGUCAUAUUAGAUUGAUAUAUUGUAUGUUAUUACUGACUGAUGUAUUUAUGUUAUUUCUGAUUGAUCUCACUAACUGUUGUAGACAUAUCAAACCUUUUGUAAGUAAUUAAGUGGCCUUUUAAAAUAUAUAAAAAUGUAUUCAGCAUUGCACAUGUCAGUCUGUCACCCAGUCAACUAAGCACUAUGAAAACAGUUUGUUCCAAAGCCUUUCGAUGUCGACAGUCCAAAUACCUUGGAAUUUUGGUAAAAAAGUCAGAUGUAAAUUGAACUCAAAAGGUUGUCAUCUAUAAAAAUUUGUAUACUCUGGGGCAAAAGAACAUGGUUUUAUUGUCGAGCCUGCUUGCGGUGAGCUCUAUGUAGUUUUGGCGGGUCGGUGUAUGUGCAUGCGUCUGUCCUUGCAUCCGUGUGUGUGUGCACCCUUCCAAUUUUGUCCGGACCAUAACUUUGACAUGCAUGGAACAAGCUUGUUUAUAAUUGGCGUGAAUGUUUACCUCAAUGAGAAGGAGUGUCGUGCGCAAACCCCAUGUUCCUAUCUCAAAGAUCAAGGUCACAGUUGGAGGAGCAUUUCUUCUCCAUGCAUGAUGGGAUUUUGAUGUAACUUGGCAUGAAUGUUCACCAUUAUGAAACGGAGUGUCCUGCGCAAGAACCAGGUCCCUAGGUCUAAGGUCAAGGUCACAUUUAGAGGUCAAAGGUCAAAUUGAAGUUUGUCCGGAGCAUUUCUUCUUAUAUCUUACUGUAAGUUCUCCUAAACAUUGUCCAGCAUACAUAGUAUAUGCAGGGGUUGGACCCAUUAUACCCAAGGUCAAGGUCACCAUGGAGUUAUACUUGGAAUUAUUUUCAUGUUAAAUUUUUUCGAAAGCUUUAAUAAUAGACAUAUCUUUGGUACUUUAAAAGAUAAUGACUUGAAGUUAAAAAUAUUUGUUUAUUAUCAUCAACUGCAUGUGUAGUUACAUACCCUAUAACUCUAAUUGUAUAUUUGACAGAAUUAUGCCCCUUUUGUACUUAAACUUUUAUUGCAAUCUUUGGGUUCUGGAUAUUAUGUAAUAUAAGAUAAAGACUUGAAGCUUAAAAUGUAACUUUAUCACCAUCAUCUGCAUGUGUGGUAACAAUCCCCAUAACUCUGAUUUGUAUUUUUGACCAAAUUAUGCCCCUUUUAUACUUAAUUUUUUUAAACAAACUUCGUUUUCUGGACUUAACUUUGGUACUAUAUAAGAUAAUGACUUGAAACUCAAAAUAUAUCUUUACCAUCAUCAUCUGCAUUUGUUGUAACAAUCCUGAUAACUCUUAUUUACUUGUGUAUUUGAUGGAAUUAUGCCCUUUGGUGUAUCUUCCUUUUAUAGUAGAGGUCUCUUAUUCAGACAUAUAUUCAUUUUACUGUCAAAUCCCCGAAUAGUGGAGCGCGCUGUCUUACGGACAGCUCUUGUUAAUUCAUUCAACUUAAUGAAGAGGUUACACACCUGCUGAAAAGUUUCAGAAGGGCAUAGCUGGAAUGAACUAUCAUGAGCCAUGUAAAAUAAAAGGUAACUUAAGGGUAGAUUUCCCAGAAGCACAGAGCACCCCACUGAUCAGUUAUAUUAUUUUUAUUCUGGAAUGAGAAUGAAUUUUAAGUAAAAUUUUAGAUCAAAUAUGGUAGCACUUUCCUUCUGCACCUUUUUGGUGCCAAAUGAUACCUAGACAAGAGGUCAGUAAUGCCAUGUUUCAAUAAAGGUGAUUUAUUAAAUUAGAAUCAGUAAUAACUGACAUGGAAGCAUAUAUUUAUUUUCCAUUUUCAUCUCUUUGUUUUUAUUUAUUCAGUAUUUGUCAUUACUAUGUCACCUUCUCUGUAUUAUGUCUUUUUGGAGUAAAGUAUAAUAUUCAUUUCAAUUUACAUAAUUCUUUGGAACUUUUUAUUACAUGUUUUUAUUGAAAGAUAAAAGUAAAGUAUAUCUGAUGGGACUAAAGGGAAAAAAUCAAUUUGAACCAUUGGAAGGCCAUGAAAUAAAAAAGGUUUUCCUUUCGAUGUAAAAUCACUUUAGUUUGAGUAAAGAGUAUUUUGAUCUUAGACUAAAAUAAACAAAUUAAUAUUCUCUACUUCAUUUCAAGAUUGAUAUAUUUUCUGUUGAAACACUGUUUUUUGUACAGGAAAACUAUUUACAGGUAAUUUAUAUUUUUAUUUUAUACAUUUGUUAUAUUAUUUCAUAUUAUGUUAAAUUUAUAGGCUGGCAUAGAUCUAGUUUAUCACUGUCUGCUAAGCCUGACCUUAAGGCAAAGUUGUCAAAUAUUGAACUGAUUUUUAGCUCACCAGAGCACAAAGUGCUCAAGGUGAGCUAUUGUGACCGGUCAUUGUCCGUCGUGCGUCUUCCGUCAACGUUUGCCUUGUGAACACUCUAGAGGCCUCAUUUGUGACCCAAUCUUUGGUCAGAAUGUUUGUCUUGAUGAUCUCUAGGCCAAGUUUGAAACUGGGUCAUAUGGGAUCAAAAACUAGGUCAGUAGGCCAGAUCAAAGGAAAAGCUUGUGCAGUCUAGAGGUCACAGUUGUGACCCAAUAUUUAUGAAACUUUGUCAGAAUGUUUGCCUUGAUGAUCUCUAGGUCAGUUUUGAAACUGGGUCAUGCGGGGGUCAAAAAUAGGUCAGUAGGCCAGAUCAAAGGAAAAGCUUGUGAACACUCUUUAGGCCACAGUUGUGACUCAAACUUUAUGAAACUUGGUCAGAAUGUUUGUCUUGAUGAUCUCUAGGUCAAGUUUUAAUCUUGGUCAUUUAGGGUCAAAAAGUAGGUCAGUAGGCCAGAUCAAAGGAAAAGUUUGUGAACACUAAAGGCUACAGUUGUGACUCAGUCUUUAUGAAACUUGGUCAGAAUGUUUGUCUUGAUGAUCUCUAGGUUAAAUUCGAAACUGGCUUGUGUGGUAAUAAACUAGGUCAGUAGGCCAGAUCAACUCUGGUGAGCGAUAUAUAGGGCCAUCAUGGCCCUCUUGUUAAAUAUUUUGUACCGAAAUGCAGUAUUUGUUAUAUGAGCAAUUAAUACUUGGAAAAUAACUGUAAAUAAGAAAGUGUAUGAACUUAUAAAGUAGAUCUGAAUCCCUUCCUUAAAGAAUGACAUUUAACUUUUUCUUUCUUAUGAUUUCAGUUUUUAUAGUGUUCAUUUUUGUUUUCAAUUUAUUGAAAUUUAUGAGGUUUUACAUUUAUUAUUAUUAUUUAUCUUUUCACUAAAUAUUCCAUUUCAUAUCAAAAUGAAAAAUUCUAGAGUCUACAGUUUACUUUUGCUUGCUGCAUCUGUCUCGGAUUCAUUUUCAUUGUCCAGCAGAUGAUAACAGGCUCUUGAAUUUGGUCUGCAGCAAUAUCUUUAAUACAUAAUUAUGUUCCAUGGGAUUAUCCCACUCAAGAGCAUUGAUUUAUUGUAAGCUAUCUCAAAAAAAUCAAAACAGAUCACAAAAUAAAAAAAGUCAGAGAUUUGAACCUUGGACCAACUUGACUUGAGUACUUGAUGAUGUUGCAUAAUAUUUCUGUUAUUAUUUGGUUUUAUUAUUAAACCAAAAUAUUUUCAGUUCAAAGUAAAAAUUGUGAAGAUAUGAAGUUUAAGACAUGGGUAGUAAUGUCUCACUUAGCUUUAAUAGUUAAUAAUGCCUCUUUUUCAUGUCUUUUUUUUUUUUUUUUUAAACGUACAUUUGCAAAAUCUGCAGGCUCGUUUUCAUAUUUUACAUUUAUAUAUAAAAUUACUUAUAUAUAUAAUCUUGUUUUCUUAUCACUUUUUUAGGUCUUUGUAGUGUUUAAUAUUUCACUGAUUCCAAAAGCUGUAUCAACCAUUCAAAUUAAUGUUGAUUUUAUAUCUUUACAUUCAUAUAGACUAGACUUUCAGAUCAGUAAUAUUUAUUAAACUCGCUACUGUUGUUUUUUAGCUCACCAGUCACAAAGUGACAAGGUGAGCUUUUGUGAUCGCCCGUCGUCCGUCCGUCUGUCUAUAAACUUUUGCUUGUGACCACUCUUGAGGUCACAUUUUUCAUGGGAUCUUUAUGAAAGUUGGUCAGAAUGUUCAUCUUGAUGAUAUCUAGGUCAAGUUCGAAACUGGGUCAUCUGCGGUUCAAAACUAGGUCAGCAGGUCUAAAAAUAGAAAAACCUUGUGACCUCCCUAGAGGCCAUAUUUUUCAAUGAUCUUCAUGAAAAUUGGCGAGAAUAUUUAUCUUGAUGAUAUCUAGAUCAAAUACCAAACUGGGUCACAUGUGGUAAAAAACUAGGUCAGUAAAUCUAAAAAUAGAGAAACCUUGUGACCUCUCUAGAGGCCAUAAUUUUCAGGAGAUCUUCAUGAAAAUUGGUGAGAAUGUUCACCUUGAUGAUAUCUAGGUCAAGUUCAAAACUGGGUCACGUGCCUUCAAAAACUAGGUCAUUAGGUCAAAUAAUAGAAAAACCUUGUGACCUCUCUAGGGGUCAUAUUUUUCAAUGGAUCUUCAUGAAAAUUGGUCAGAAUAUUUAUCUUGAUGAUAUCUAGGUCAAGUUCAAAACUGGGUCACAUGAGCUCAAAAACUAGGUCACUAUGUCAAAUAAUAGAAAAAACGAUGUCAUAUCCAGUUCAAAACUGGGUCAUGUGGGGACAGGUGAGCGAUUCAGGAUCAUCAUGAUCCUUUUGUUGUUGAAUUUUGAUAAAUAAAUAUUUCAUUAAUGAAAAGGUGUCCAUGUUUUGUUUCUAUGAAAUAUAAAUGCAUGCAAGGUGUAUGUAUUUAAAGGGAACUCUUGAAGAGAGUUCAUUGUUUUGUAACAAGUUUACUUAUUUUUGAACUUAAUUAAAAAGUGUUGUUUUCACUGUU